AUGUCUUUAAACACGACGCUUAAUGCAAACUGGACAACGUUCAAGGACGACUUCUUCAAAAAGGAGAUGAAAGACGAGUUAGCACAGUUUAAGAUACAGAUUGACCAGCAGUUAGCCACCACUUCGCUAAAGCUACAAGAUCAUGAGCAGAAGCUGGAGGAAAUGGCUGCACGCAUUGACGAGCAGGAGACCUGGGCCGCGGUGGCUAACGAGGCGCUGAGCCGGUCUCUAAAAGAGCAAAGUGCGCUACAGGAUAAAGUGAACGACUUGGAAUCUAGGUCGAGAAUGAACAAUAUGAGAAUCUACGGGGUGCCUGAAGGAGCCGAGGGAAGCUCUGUGAUUCAGUUCGUGGAGGGGCUGCUAGCUAAUGAAAAGCUAAUCAGUGGAGGAACAGAUCUACAGAUACAACAUGCACACCGGUCGGUCGCACCGAGACCGAACCCCAACGCUCCGCCAAGAUCCAUAGUAGUGAACUUCCUUCAGUUCAGAGUAAAAGAGACAAUCCUCAGAAAUGCUUGGAAAAAGAAAAUUCAGAUUGGCGACAGGAUCCUUUCAUUUAACUUUGAUUAUACCACCGACGUGAUUCAGAAACGUAAGGAAUAUAAAGCCAUCAAAGCCGCACUGAAGGAGAGAGGUGUCCGCUUUCAGACUCCAUUCACCCGGAUGCGAAUCCACUGGGACAGUGGACCGCAGAUGUACAACAGUGCGGGAGACGCCGAGAGAGAACUACGCAAAAGGGGCUUCUUUGCUGGUCACACAGAAGAGCACGUUUCUGAGGGCCCAAUAACAUCACAACAACUGGAGGAGACAUCACCUUGGCAUCGCGUGGAGCGCACCCACCGACACGGGGAGAGGGAGGCAGCGAAACGCGCACGAGAACGACUGCAGGAGUUUCAGCGUAAACCCAGACAAUGA